AUGGCAAAUCAAAGCAAAAUCUCCUUCCUAGACCUCCCCGCCGAGAUCAGACUCCAAAUUUACAGGCUGACAUGGGACCUCGACCAUGAGCCGUACAACUUCGAGGUACUCGAAGGGCGUCGUGACCCAGGCGCCGUGAGACACGACCUGCUCAAAGAGCAGCUGAUUCAGCUUCGAAAACUGGGCAGUCUAUGCAAGACCAUCCGAAACGAAGCCCUCACCGAGUUCUUCUGGAAGACGCAGAUCUACUUGCGUCACGAGCCCUACUCGAACGCAGACGGUGCUUGGUAUUCGGACGAGUACCAGCAGGGCCUCGACCUUAUCAUCAGGGACCCGUUUCUCGCCAAGCAUACCAAGCACGUCUACUGGGCAAUGAUGCUAGACAAAGAUGAGGAGGACAUCGAUCGGCGCAUGCAUAGAGGGAUUCGGGAGUACGAGCCCGAGUUUGAGGUGCCUAACAUGCCCUGGCCCUGGGAAUCGUAUAACUUCGUCAUGCGGUUACCGAAUCUGACGACGGUCCAUGUUGAUGUCGAAACCUACAAGGAUUGGCGCGAUUUGCGCAUGUGGUCUCGGUGUAUGGCUGAGCUUUAUGAGUGGCCCACGGUGAAGAAGAUCACUCUUCGACUUACCUUCAAGACGGCCAAGAGCAUUAUCAAGAAGGCAUACGGUUCGCGGUUUGUCAGGCGAGGACGCCCGCAGGAGCGGUUGACGAGGAAUAUCUUGAACCAUCUCCUGACACUACCCAAGGACACGUACCGAGACGCUCCAUGCCAUAUCAUCCAAAACCAUUUUGGCUAUCAGUGUCCCGUAUGGCCUCGUGUGGAACGGUUCUAA